ACAGGGAGAGGGCGGGUGAAGGGGCGUCUUCGGGGCCCUGAGGAGUCUUCAGGGUUUGGAGGAGGGGCGUGAGUGCGCGGCAAAACGGGCGGGAAGGAGCAAAAAAGGAUUAGGGCGGGCGCCGUGGCGGUUCCUGUUCUCACGGUCGCGAGGCCCAGGAACCAGUGUUGCGCGAGGGGAAGGCGGGACGCCCAGGUCGGUGUUAGGCCCAGACGAAUGCCCCCGUUUCCACAGCCCUCAUUCGCGUCUCCUUUCUUCCCCCGUGUUCCCCUAUCGGCCGGGCUGCGGGGCUAGCUGUGUGUAACGGGCCGCAGCGCCCGUCAGGCGUGGCCCGGGCCGGGGGCGCAGCUGGAGGGUCGCGGCCCGCUGUCCGCUGGCGGCUCGGGGUUCCGGGAAAUGUUGGCCGUCCCGCUAGGCUGUGGCGGGCGAGCCUCGGAGUCCGGGAGAGCUCAGUCCCUUUGCUUCCGGCGCUGAGCCUGUACUCCCGGGGUCUUUACAGGGCUCUCCGUUCUGACGAAACCUUUUGUUUUUCCUUUGUUUUUCUUUCUUUUUUGUUAAUGGGACCUGCGAUACGAGUAUUUUGUAGUGUCGGUGCUGCCGCUACGUGUGAAAAAUUUCUGGAAGUAUUGCUUUCAUAUCCUACAAUGAAUGCAAAUCGCAAAAUGCGUUGUAGACAUCCGCUUUGCGUUCGUUCACCUCUUUCAAGCGCCUACCGUGUGUCAAGCACUUAAGGUCACUCCGAAUCGGUGACAAACUUGGGAAAUUGCCAGGUCAUCUUUUAAGCAUGCAGCUGAACUUGGUUUUUUCAAUUUGAGAGUAUCUUUUAACAGCUCUCAGGGCCAUUUCUGAGCAUUAGAGAUUACAAGUACUCCACUGAACAACCAGUUCCAAAUCCCGUCCUCAAAUCCUGUGCUCCUGUUCCAAAUGGUAAUAGAUGCCUAAUAUUUCUUUUAUAUAAAAGAAAUGAGUAUAACUAGUAUUGCAUUAAGAGUUGAAACCUGGCUUUUAGCUACAUGGCAUGUUAAAGUGCCUUUAAUGUGGCUGGAAGCUUGUAUUAACUGGAUCCAAGAAGAAAAUGAUAAUGUUAAUUUGAGUCAGGCACAAAUGAAUAAACAAGUGUUUGAGCAAUGGCUCCUUACUGAUCUGAGAGAUUUGGAGCAUCGUCUUUUACCUGAUGGCAUUUUAGAAGUUCCAAAAGGAGAACUGAAUGGAUUUUUUGCUCUGCAGAUUAAUUCAUUGGUUGAUGUAAGUCAACCUGCAUAUGCCCAAAUACAAAAGUUGAGAGGAAAGAAUACAACCAAUGACCUAAUUACAGCUGAAACACAAGUAACCCCAAAACCUUGGGAAGCAAAGCCUUCACGAAUGUUGAUGCUACAGCUUACUGAUGGAAUUGUACAAAUACAGGGGAUGGAAUAUCAGUCUAUUCCAGCUCUUCAUAGUGAUCUUCCUCCAGGUACAAAAAUUUUGAUUUAUGGAAACAUUUCUUUCCGUCUUGGUGUUCUCUUAUUGAAACCAGAAAAUGUGAAGGUGUUGGGAGGAGAAGUAGAUGCUCUUUUAGAGGAAUAUGCCCAAGAAAAAGUUCUUGCAAGAUUAAUUGGGGAACCUGAUCCUAUAGUUCCAGUCAUACCAAAUAAUUCUAACCAAAGCAUCCCCAGAAUUACAGAUGUUCUACAUCCUGCAUUAGGACCUUCUGAUGAAGAACUCUUGGCAAGUCUUGAUGAAAACGAUGAGCUUGCAGCAAAUAAUAACACCUCUUUGGAAAGAAGUUGUUUCAGCACAGGUAGUUCUUCAAAUACUAUUCCCAUCGGACAGUCAGAUUUUGAACCAGGACUUGUUAUUUCUCCAAGACCAAAGGAGAAACCACGAAACCAGUCUAUGCUUUUUACUGAUGAGGAAUUAGAUGACUUUUCAUUGGAGGAGGCCUUGCUUUUAGAAGAAGCUGUCCAGAAAGAACAAACAGAGACCAAAGAAUUACAGCCACUGACUUUGAACAGAACUGCAGAUGAAAGUAUAGAGAGAUUUUCACAUAGAUCUAAUACUCUGAAUAAUUUUUCCUUGAUUUGCAAAAAUGGAAAUAAUAAUUGGAAUGAAAAAAAUUUAUCUGAGCAAAUAACUAAUGAAGACAAAUCUUUUAGUUGUCCAUCUGCUAGAGACCAAAACAGUAGUAUUGUUUCAGUUAAUCAUAAUGUACCCUUACCCCAUAAUUUUACAAAUAAAGAUAAGAACUCAGAGACAUAUAAUAAAAUAAAACAAACCAGCAGUUCAGAUGGACAUUCCUUAAAUAAUAAAAUAUUAAACGAAGAGCUGGUCAAUUAUGUACCAAAAAGUUGUUCAAAAAAUGAGUACCACUUACAAACUUGUUCUUCAAGUUCAGAGAAUAGCACUAAUCUUUCUAUCACCAUGGAUUUAUAUUCUCCACCUUUUAUCUAUUUGUCUGUUCUAAUGGCCAGCAAACCAAAGGAAGUUACAACAGUGAAAGUCAAAGCAUUUAUUGUAACCUUAACUGGAAAUCUCUCAAGUUCUGGUGGCAUUUGGAGUAUAACAGCAAAAAUUUCUGAUGGUACUGCAUAUCUAGAUGUAGACUUUGUAGAUGAAAUACUUACUGGUCUGAUAGGGUUUUCAGUACUAGAAAUGAAACAGUUAAAAAAAGAUCCUUGUAAAUACCAAAAGUUCCUGGAAGGUUUGCAGAAAUGUCAGAGAGAUCUAAUAGAUUUGUGCUGUCUAAUGACUAUUUCAUUGAAUCCCUCCUUGUCUAAGGCAACAGUACUGGCAUUACAAGAUGUUAACGUGGAACACCUUGAGAACCUAAAGAGGCGAGUAAAGAAAUAAUUUACUAGCAAACAAUUUAAAAAAAACAAGGAAAUAUUUAAAAUUAAAUUUGUCCUUUUACUUUCACAACUUUCUUUUUGUAAAAGGGGAAAAAGAAGUUUCAUAACUGAUUUCAGUCUAAUUUUAAAAUGUUUAAUUAUGUUUAUGUGUAAGUUUUUUUAAUAAAUUUUUUUAUAGUAA